GGGGAGGAGGUGUGAUGCGGACUCCAAUUUGGAUGGCGAGGAUUCUGAGCGGGGGAGGGACGAGCGACUGAAGAGCCAGGAUCGCUGUUGACUGCGCUCUGUAUCAGCACCUCCCCCUCCGUCCAUUUUCCCCGCCGUGUGGAAGAAAAAGAAGAGGGAGGGCAGAGACAUUCGAAGGGAGAGAAAGGUGGGGCGAGCGAGAGCCGUCCUCCUUCGGAAGUGGGAAGUGAGAUUUUGCGGCUUCCUUCUCCGCUCACUCUUCUUCUUCUCCUUUCGGUGCUUCUUCUUCUCGCUCCAUUCUGUGGAGUUCGCGGCCUCUUGUGCGACGAAUCAGUAUAUUCCGGCGGGUAGAGGGAGAGGGAGGGAGAGUCUCCGUUUUAUCCUUCGUCGUACUUCCGGCCGUUAGUCGUUGUCCGAUUGGACGACUGAAUCCAUCUCGAUACGGAAUUCUUUUUUCCUUUCAUGAGCUCGUUUGCCGAUUUUUUCGCAGACGAGCCGACGAGGGCAUACGUAUUUGAAGUUUUUUGCUUCUAGCUGAAGUGAUACGUCUGUUCUUGAUGCAAAAGUUUUGUGUUGCUUUAUGAACUCUUCAGUAGCAGAAUUUUCAUCCUCAGAGAGGAUGGUCUUGUAUGAAGCAAGCCAUCACCAGUGGAGGGAACCGUUUAAACAUGAUAACGGCUUUAACACGGGCGUGUCUCUGAUUCUGCAGCCAGACUCUGGAGCAGACACAAUGAGGUCAGAAGAUGGGCUCAACGGUAUGCUGGCGACUUCCAAAAGCUCCGAUCAGGAGGCAAAUAAGCCUAGCGAGAAGGCCCUGAGGCGAUUAGCGCAAAAUAGAGAAGCUGCUCGGAAGAGCCGUUUACGGAAAAAAGCCUAUGUUCAGCAACUAGAGUCAAGCCGUCUGAAGUUGACACAAUUGGAGCAAGAACUUGAGCGAGCCAAACAGCAGGGUGUAUAUGUUGGUGGAAAUACUGGAGAUUCCAUCCAUGGAAUUCCUGGAGCAAAUAAUGCAGGUGUUGUAUUGUUUGAGAUGGAGUACAGUACCUGGGUUGAAGACCAAAAAAGGGGGACAGAUGCACUUAGAACUGCUUUGAAUGCACGUGCAACUGACCUAGAGCUCCGGAUUCUAGUGGAAGGUGGUCUUAAACUCUAUGAUGACCUUUUCGAUAUGAAAGCAACAGCUGCAAAGUCUGAUGUCUUUCAUCUAAUGUCGGGCAUGUGGAGAACUACUGCUGAACGGUUCUUUCUUUGGAUUGGUGGAUUUCGCCCUUCCGAACUUCUCAAGAUUCUUACUCCACAACUGGAGCCUCUGACGGAAAGCCAAGUUAUAGCCAUCUGUGGUUUGCAGCAAUCAUCACAGCAGGCUGAAGAUGCUCUUUCUCAGGGGAUGGAGAAGCUGCAGCAAACCCUGGCUGAGGCAUUGGUAUCUGCUCCUUUAGGUGCACCAAACGUUACAGACUAUGUGGGCCAAAUGGCCACAGCCAUGGACAAACUGGAGGCACUUGCAAAUUUCAUACUGCAGGCAGAUAACCUUCGGCGUCAGACUUUGCAGCGGAUGUAUCGAAUUCUGACUGUCCGACAAGCUGCUCGGGGCCUUCUUGUCCUAGGCGACUACUUCCAGCGCCUGAGAGCUUUAAGUUCCCUUUGGACAGCUCGUCCACGUGAACCCGCGUAAAUCAACUGCAUGGUCUUCUCUCAUCCACAUGUCUGUUGCUGCUAUAUAAUCCGUGAGAUAGCCAAUGAACUGAAUAAUGCGUUAAAGGCCACUCUUUAGUGGACAUUACAUGAUUUUUAUUCAAGGAAAUCACAUAAGAAAAAGUGGCCGCCAUUUUCAUGCAGCAUCUUUGCUUAAAGGAAGCUGUACAUAGGUUUUGAGGUGCUCCAUGUUGCAGUGGUCGUCUGUAUGACAUAAAUUGUAUAUUGUAUAAUGUUGCAGUUGUAACGUUAUUUCAGGAA